AUGAGCUGCACAACUGAGAAGGCCCUUGCUGAUGCCAAAGUCCUUGUCGAAAGAUUGCGAGACCAUGAUGAUGCGGCAGAGUCUCUCAUCGAGCAGACCAUGGCCCUCAGCAAGCGAGUGGAAGCAGUGAAGCAGUAUCAGGAAGAAAUCCAAGAACUUAAUGAAGUUGCAAGACAUUGGCCAAGGUCCACACUAGUUAUGGGAAUCCAGCAAGAAAACAGACAGAUCAGAAAAUUGCAGCAAGAGAACAAAGAACUGCAAACAUCUUUGGAAGAACACCAGUCUGUCUUGGAACUGAUAAUGAGCAAGUGUAGAGAGCAAAUGUUCCAGUUGCUAAUGGCUAGCAAGAGAGAUGACCAGGGUAUAAUAAUAAAGUUCAAGGAACAACACUCAAAGGAGCUGCAAGCACAUGUGGACCCGAUCCCAGAGAUGGCAGCAGUGAUGAGAAAGGCCAUUGAAAUAGACGAACAGCAGGGUUGCAAGGAACAGGAGCGAAUAUUUCAACUUGAACAAGAAAACAAAGGCUUGCUAGAGAUCCUUCAAAUAACUUGAGAGUCCUUUCUAAACCUGCGAAAGGAUGAUGCAUCAGAGAGUACAUCUUUAU